GCGCGCGUGCGCGGCCCGUUGACGCUCUUGUGUUGUCAUCGGCGGUAGGCGGGCCCCAGGCGUCUCCACGGUAACCGGUGGGCUGAGCAGGUGGUUUCCAGGGCAACCCCGUGUACCGGCUGGUGUCGGAGAGGUGGGGUGAGGGUAGAGAUGUCGAGCGAGCGAGAUAGCGAGGAGAGAGUGAAAGUAAGUGAACACAUAGUGACAGAGACACAGGCAGGACAGACAGCGGAGAGGGCUUUCUACUCUCAGAGACCUAGAUCAGAGAGUCAGGGCUGGUCAGACGUGUAUCAGAACAGUUAACAAGAGGGAGAGAAAUCAGGGCGGGGAUGGUGAGGGAAAGGAGAGACUAAGGGAGAAUCGAUUUACAGCGAGACGUGCAGAUAGCGAGAUUCAAGGGCCAGACGAGGAUCAGGAGUACAGAAGCAAGAGGAAAGACGUGGACAGAAAUUGGAGAUAGAGUGAAAUGGGUCGAGAGUUUUCAAGGGCUCAGAGAAGGGUGACAGCAAGAAGAGAGACAGACGGAGCAGGAGGGACACUUGUUAAGGAAACUUACCCAAAACUUGCAGAUAAGAGAAAAAAGAUGGCUCGAAGUCCUAGCACCGUCUCUAGUAAGACUUCUUCAGGUUGUCUGAUACCCUUAGCGAAGCAACUCUUUUGAGCAGAGUUCAGAUACUGUGACGUUAGAUGCUAACUUGUAAAAGGUUGAUAGGUUGUAAAUGCUUUCUGUCCAGGAGAGAAGGGUACCCCAAGUUUGUUUUUUUUUUAACCACCCUGUAGGACACUAAGAUGCCUGCCCACUCCUGUGUGGGACACCGACAAUCCGACUUUGCGCUGUUAUUUCAGUGUUUGAUUGUUCUUUCACCUUCUCUGUUGUUUCUUCUCUCUCACCUUCCCAGAACCACCUGUGUCAUCCUGCUAGUUCCUUCCAGCGGUAAAUACCUCUUUGACACGUGCUCACUGAGUUUGUUUUUAGCGGUUUCAAAAAUUAAAAUUUUGACAGUCUGAAGGCUACCAUUUCUCCCCGAAUGUGGAACAGAUAGGAAGAAAGAGAAAACAGUGAGAGAGACCCAGGGAAGGAAGGCGGUACGAAGGAUGAUGGAAAGAAAGAGACCGGGUCCCAGCUCAGAGGCUCCAGUGGGCCUCUCGGUGAGCUGGGCCCCAACUCAUCCCGCAUAGGGAAUGUGAGCCUCACCCAGGCCUGGGGAUGACCCUCAGAGCGGCUGGUCCAGUCCAUGGAAGACUACUGGGAGUCACAACCAAAGAAAUUCUGCAGAGAUGGCGUGGCAGGAGAGGCCCAGGGGCCACUGUGGCACGAUGCUGGGUACCGCCGACGGGCAGAGGGAAGAGAGUGUGCUGAGAUGCAUGGAUCGGGGAGGCAGCCUGAAGCCCCCCCAGCUGCAGGGCUUGGGGAAGGCACCCCUCGGGAUUGGCCUCCGCCACAGUGCCAAGCGGGACCGGAAAUCCAUCACCCUGCAUGUGAAGCUGGAGGUACUGCGGCGCUUUGAGGAGGGGGAGAAGCUGACACAGAUUGCCCGGGCCCUGGGGCUGGCCACCUCCACGGUCGCCUCCAUCCGUGUCAACAAGGACAGGAUCCGGGCCAGCUCUCAGGCAGCCACGCCCGUCUGCACCAUGAAGCUCACUCGUUGCCGGGGUGCACUGAUGGGCCACAUGGAGCGCCUGCUGAGCCUGUGGAUCGAGGAGCAGAAGCGGCAGAACCUGCCGGUCAGCACACUGCUCAUCCAGGACCAGGCACGCCGGCUCUUCGCCCAGCUGCAGCAUGAGCAGGGCGGCGGCAGCCGGGCCGAGACCUUUGGGGCCAGCAACGGCUGGUUUUCCCGGUUCAAGGUGCGCCACAACGUGCUGCUGACGGAGGAGCCGGCUGUGGCCGACGCCCAGGCUGCCGCUCGCUACCCGGCAGUGCUGCGCGCCAUCCUGGAGGAGGGCUGCUAUUCACCGCGGCAGGUCUUCAAUGUGGAUGAGACGGGCCUGUUCUGGAAGCGGCUCCCUGAGCGCAUGCUUCUGGCACUGGAGGGGACAGCUGGGCCCGGGCCCAAGGCCUCUAAGGACCACCUGACCCUGCUGCUCGGUGGCAAUGCGGCUGGUGACUUCAAGCUGAAGCCCCUGCUGGUGUACCCCUCGGAGAACCCGCGUGCCCUCAGGGGCUGCUCCAAGGCCAGCCUGCCUGUGGUCUGGCGCUCCAACCGCAACGACUGGUUGACACCCGUCAUCUUCCAGGAGUGGUUUACUAGCUGCUUCUGCCCUGCUGUGGAAAGCUACUGUGCCAGCCAUGGCCUCCCGCACCGUGCCCUGCUGCUGCUGGACAGUGCACCCUGCCACCCUGCCCACUUGGGUGGCCUCUCAGCCCAUGUGCGGGUCGAAUUCCUACCCAAGAACACGUCCACCCUGAUCCAGCCCAUGAACCAGGGUGUCAUCACUGCUUUCAAGGCCCAGUAUCUGCGCCGCACACUCAGCCAGCUGGCCCAGGAUAUGGGCGGUGCAGACCAGCCCUCCGUGUGGGAAUUCUGGCGCAGCUACACUGUCAUGACUGCUGUGGACAACAUCGCUGAGGCCUGGGCGGAGCUGCAGCCCGCCGCCAUGAACAGUGCCUGGAGGAAGCUCUGGCCCGAGUGCGUGCUGGCUGGUGCUCCCGAGCCCAGCGCCGUGCCCCAGUUCCCCUGCAGAAUCGAGGCACUAGCCAGCCGCACAGGCCUGGGCGACGUGGCUGAGGCCGAUGUUAGCCAUCUGCUGCAGGCCCGCGGGGAGCCCACGCCCACCCCCCUGGGCACGGACGGUGGGCACACCCGUGGCCCUCGGCUGCCCUGCCAGUGUGGGAAGGGCCUGGCCUCUAGAAGACCGGAGUCGGAGGCCACAGGGGGUGCGGAGGCCGAGGACGCAGUUGUGGUUGCCUUGUGCCCAGAGCACCUGGCCCGGGCCCUGUCCCACUUCGCUGCUGGCCUGCAGGUCCUCUCAGAGAACGAUCCCAACCGGGAGCGCAGCCUGUGGGUGGCCCGGGCUGUCCACUGUGCCCUUGCCCACCUCCGGGAGCUGCUCCGGGAAAGGAGGCGACAGGCUUGGGCUGCUGCAGGGCCUCCAGAGGCCCCCUGAUGGUGGCAACAAAAGCGACGUCAGGAAGCCUGCACUCAGCCCAGGUGGGGCCCGCAGAGGGUGGGUGAGUGGCCACGGCACAGACUCUGAAGGACAGACCUCUUUAAAUGACCUGUGUGAUUUGAGGCUUGGGCCUGAUUGCA